AUGAAUGAAAGAAAUACAUCUACUAGAAGUUGUACAUUAAACCGUAGAGCAGUGGAACGUUCUGAAGUGUAUCAUGUAGUUAUUUUCCCAUGUGAUAAUUCAUUUUCUGUUGUUAAAUCAAAACAAUGUUCACCAGCUGAGCAAGAUGGUUUUGUUUUGGUACAAUCUGGCCAUAAAAAAUAUAUGGGAUUUAUUUUUGAGACGGCAACAACAACCACCACUGCGGCCUCUAUUAAUUCGAAUAACUCGCCUUCAUCACCGUCAAUUAGAGAAACAAGUUUAGUUACCAAAAAAAAAUCGUCAUCAGCGAAUUCGUCAUCAAAUUUUAAUUGUCGUAUAAGACCUACGAUUGAUUCAUCACCUUCUCCACCGCAAAACAAAAAGAAAAAAAAAUCAAAAAAGAUUCAAGAAGAUAAUAUAUCUUCCUCAGAUAUUGAAUCUGAUAACGAAGAUUUUAUACGAACAAAUGAAAUAAUUAAAACUCCUACAUUCAAUGGUCGACGUAUUACUACUUUAACUACAACAGCUUCUAUAAUCAACGUUCCAAGCAGCAUAUUUACAUCAACUGAUGGUGUGUCAAGUAUUGAUUUAAUGAAAAUUCCAGCCACUAGAGACAAAGCUAAUCUUUAUGUUACAAAUCUCAUUGAAAUACUUUAUACUAUAGAUGAACUAGUGGCAUUAAAACCAGAAGAAACACAUAACGACUAUCGAUAUCAAUUGAUACGAGAAUCCGUUCGUUGUAAGUUUAAAUUAACAAAUGAUCAAUUAGAUCAAUUAUUUAAUGAUUGGCUUCGUGAAGUUUUUCUUGCAAAACGAAGAGUAGCAGUGAGAAAGCUUAAAAUGUCGAUGAACAAUGAAUAG